CGGCUUCCUCCCCGUGCCGCGAGCUCGAAGCCUGCGAGCCUUGAGCUCGGCGUAGUUGGCCCACAGGCACGCGAGUAACACGCACACAGAGAGACACACACACAGACACACACACACAGAGACACACAGAGACACACACAGAGAGACACACACAGACACACACACACAGACACACACACAGAGAGACACACAGAGACACACAGACACACAGAGUAUCACACACAGACUAACACACACACAGUAACACACACAGACUAACACACACACAGAGAGACACACACACACAGAGAGAGACACAGAGUAUCACACACAUAGAGACACACAGAGAGACACACACACACAGAGACACACACAGACUAACACACACAGACUAACACACACAGACUAACACACACACAGUAACACACACAGACUAACACACACACAGUAACACACAGACUAACACACACACAGUAACACACAGACUAACACACACAGACUAACACACACAGACUAACACACACAGACUAACACACACACAGUAACACACAGACUAACACACACACAGUAACACACAGACUAACACACACAGACUAACACACACACAGUAACACACAGACUAACACACACACCGUAACACACAGACUAACACACACAGACUAACACACACACAGUAACACACAGACUAACACACACACACAGUAACACACAGACUAACACACACAGACUAACACACACACAGUAACACACAGACUAACACACACACAGUAUCGCACAUACAGCGACAGACACGAGCGUGGCUCGGCGCAGCUCUGAACCGAGACCAGCCGCAGCAGAGCGCUCAGCCACUGCGUCCAUCAUCACAGCCAAACAACAACCACAACAACAACCACCACAACACCAACAACAACCACAACAACAACCACCACAACACCAACAACAACCAUAACAACAACCACACAACAACAACAACCACCACAACAACAAGCACAAAACAACCACAACAACAACAACCACCACAACAACCACAACAACAACCACCACCACAACACCAACAACCACAACAAGCACAACAACAAGCACAAAACAACAACAACAACCACCACAACAACCACAACAACAGCAGCGGCGGCCUCAAGCGCUCGGGUUGCGCCCCGGGGGCAGCCCGCGGAGGCCGCGUGAGGAUGGGGGGCCGCUCGCCCCAGGGGGGCCGCUUGGGGGGGGGGCGCACGUCCUGGGGGGGCCUCUGCUGCUGCUGCUGCUGCCCCCCAGAAGAGCCGGGAGAGAGGGAGCCCCUCAUCAGUCAUGCCCAGGCGGACUCGGUGCUGUGCUACCAGGAGCAGAUGAAGCGGCGCCGCCUUGACGACGAGGCCUUUCUGUGGAGCGAGCCUCACGACACGACGCACAAGCACUCGCCCUCCGACCAGCUCGUCGCUCAGCUUGCCGAGCAACUGAGACACGCGCGCAGGGACACAGCCGAAUGGACGGACCUGAACAGGCGACUCAGCGCCGUGAUGCAACUACGACGAGAGAUUAACGACCGCUGGAAGCUCGUUCUGGGGCAGCUUGGAUUCCGAUCGGGCCAGGAGGACGAGCUGCUGCGGGUGAAUGCGGCGUUGAGUCCCGAGGAUUUCCGCAACCUUCGGCGGGCACGCGCGCUGCUGCUGACCCUGAAGCGCAGCAGCUACCUCUUCGACAAGCUGCACGAGACGCCGCAGAGAUACGUCUACGUUCUCGACCGUCUCGUCGAGCUGGACAUGGCCGACGCGUUCGUGGCCAAGGCGCAGGAACUCUUCCCCAAGGAAGGGGGGAAGAGCCCCCCGUCCGGCCGUCGGACUCGCGUGAGCGUCACGCGAGUCCGCGCCGACAUCCGCAGGACGUCGCUGGACCAGACGGACGGCCCGGCUGGGGUGGAGCCCGCGGAGGAGGCCGCCGUGACACUGCACGGCUCCGUGUGUGCCAACGGCAUCGCCACCGCGACGACGAUCGCGGGACGAGCGAGGCGCGACGGGGAGCCCCUCAGCAUCAACGGGCCAAACCCCGCAGAGUUGAAGAUCUAGCUCGUGGUGUUGGAGAACGAGAACUGAAAACGCAGGAGGGGUCAGAGGUAGCCAAGUGGGUGACAACAUGAGUGCGGCUCUCUUUUUGAGUGCGCAGGUGGUGCAACUGCACCGAUGCCUGCGACUAAGAGAGGGGGGGGGGUGGCAGAGGAUCCCUUACCAUCCCCCGCACCGGGGCCAAUGCCAAGCACGCUGCAUCACCAGCGGGUCGUGGUGGCGAGGUUAUGAAGAUGACACCAGACACUUGUCCAUGUGCGAUUUGAGACGAACGGUGUAACACUAUUGGAGCAUGCACGUUAUUGUUCAAAAACGGAAAGUCUCAUUUUGGCGAACAGAAAAAAAAGAGCUACGGACCUCAUAACCACUCGUGGACAUUCACCGAGUGAGUGAACGGAGCUCAUACUCAGAGGGAUGCAAAACUCCGCGGACAUAGUCAUUGGUGGUCACUUCCGUUCGCUUGACAAGUUUUCGUUUUUGAAAAUGCAACCAGAUUGAAAAUGUUGCCUGCAAGAGAUUAUUUGCGAAUGGCAAUCAAGAUCCGCACGGUGUGUGUGUGUGUUGUGUGUUGAAGGUGAUGUUUUGUGUAAAAAUAAGAUUUACAAGCACAAAGUGCCACUGAUGAAGUCUGUGUUAACGUCAAGUCCAGAAGUCAUCAGCCCAAUCUCUAUCCACCUCACGGUUAUAAAUGUGAGUACUCAGCAGCGGGGCGAACGGCAGGUGGCGUGUGGUGGGGUAAAGAGUGGGUAGUCCCGCAUCCUCCAACGCGUGGACAGCGUGGGAAGUCGGCCAAAUCCCCUGUAGAGAGGCUCUCUCGAGCUCACUCGAGUGGAAAGGCCCCUUCUGCCAGCAGUGGCGUGAGCGAGACAUUGCUGGGCUGUGCCUUUACCUUUCCACCGUUUACAAUGCGAGCGCUAAUGCUCUUCAAUUGCCGAAUACAAAACACUGUAAAAGAAACUUUGUGCCUUAAUGUGUUUUAGCACUCUUUACGAGUGAAGUGGGUGUAUGGGUGUUUUCAGAAGUUAAAUCCCAAAGCAUCCACAUUUUAAGCAAUCUUCAUUGUGUAAAAUAAACUUAAAGAGAUUUUACUUAUUCUAUAUGCAUAAUCCUGUAGGUUUGUGUCUUGGCUCUUAUGGGUUUUUUUAUAAUGGGAUGAGAUACAAUAGCACGCCCACUCUCGGUUCCGCUUAAUUUAUUUGUGGUCGUGAUGUCAGAAGUAUUGUUCAGCCAUGACGAUAGGUCUUGUGUGAUGGAUGUGUUGCAAUGUGCACGGGUUUUCCGAGGUUGUGUAAUGUGCGUGCCAGUGUGUGCGUUUACACAGGAGCAGCACGCUGCACUACAAACCCGGCCACCCGAGUUCGAUUACUGCUCACGGCCAACACCAGUGACGAUUUUCUAAACCGGUGCUGGGUCGACUCAGCCUCAAAUGAGUACUUGGUGCAGUGUGUAAACAUGACCACUGGGGAGACAAAGGCAGUCAGAUAUGGUGCUGGCCACCCACCCCCUCGUGUGCUGUGCCAGCCUUCACAGGAGCUCACUCACAGCACUUGCCCCAAGAGUCUGUUAAGGCUACAUGGGGGAUCUUUGUUGUAUUUGUGUCUGUACGUGAUUCAUAAGUAAAUAUUAAACAUUGCUCGUUGUAAAAAAAAAUUCUUGCCAAAUGGCAAUGCUAAAUCGGCGAAAUGUACGUAUGUUGUAAAUCUUUAUUCUGAACGUAUUUCGAAAAUGGUAGUGGCACUGAACGAUUUAUUUCGCUAAAACCACCGUAAAUGUUUGACAAGCCUCGUGUGUAGGCAAUGAAUUAACUUCUGCAAUGUAAAUAUUGGGCCUCCUUGCCAAUGUGAAUCUUAGAAUAAACAGCAAUCUGUUUACCCUUC